AUGAUACGACGUCUUUGUUUCGUUGUUCUAGCAACUGUCGCGAGCACAGAACGUGUAUGUGAUAACGGAUGGUUACCCUACAACAACCACUGCUAUUGGCUUUCACCAAGUCCGGUAACUUUUCAUAAUGCAGUGGAUAUUUGUUCCAAAAAGGGGUCAAAUUUGAUUGAAAUAAAAGAUGCAGCAGAAGAAAAGUGGUUGUUUCUUCAAAGUCGGAUACACCGUUAUAAAACAUUUUGGAUAGGCCUCACUGAUGUAGUGAAUCAAAAUGAGUAUGUGUAUCCAUCCAGUGGGAGAAAAGCUAUUUAUACCAACUGGGACAAAGGACAACCCCAAAUUGGUACCAAGGAGGAUUGUGCAGCGCUUCCAAUCGACAGAAGAAAGUGGCACGACUACCCUUGUAGUUGGAAAAUGCAAUACAUCUGCAAGAAACCUGCAAAUCACUAUGUGUAGUUUACUUGUUGCCUUUCGAAAACGCCUGCAGGAUAGAUAUGUAUCAUUCAGUAAACCUUAAUGUGUAA